GGCAGCUACAGACAACAUGGCUUCCACCUCAGGAAAAUCCGUUCUGUUCGUGUGUCUUGGGAACAUCUGCAGGUCUCCGAUCGCAGAGGCUGUCUUCAGGAAGAUGGCCACAGAGAGCGGCGUGGUGGACAAGUGGAGGAUAGACAGCGCUGCCACCUCCACCUAUGAGAUCGGGAACCCUCCUGACUAUCGAGGUGCAGCCUGCAUGAAGAAGCAUGGCGUGCCCAUGCAUCACGUGGCGCGUCAGGUGACGAAGGAGGAUUUCACGACGUUCGAGUACAUUCUCUGCAUGGACGACAGCAACAAGAGAGACCUAGACAGGAAAGCGAGCGGCAUAAAGAACUCCAAAGCCAAAAUCGAGCUGCUCGGCUCAUACGAUCCUGAAAAUCAAGGCGUCAUCCAAGACCCCUACUAUGGAAGCGAGAAGGACUUCGAGACCGUGUAUGAGCAGUGUGUACGGUGCUGCAGAGCCUUCCUGGAGAAAAACUCCUAACACAUACGCACAGCUGUUUUAUUCUGUGACAUGUGUGAUAAGUAUUGUACAUGGUGUCCCAAAAAUCUCCAUAUGUAAAGAUGUUAAAUGUUCUGAGGUCGGUCGCCGUGGCCGUGUGGAGUUGCACCCGAGAUCUCCAGAUCGAAGUCCAGCUGAUUUGUUUUUUUGUUUUUUGUUUGUUUUAUCUAUUGGAGCAAGGAAAAGCUUAAAACACAUGUAUUGAGACUUUUAGGACACCCUGAAGUAUGAAUAACAGAUUGCACUUAGUUUCAGACACACACACACACACACACAUACACUCAUACACUUAUGUAUCUGCUGUUUAAAAGAGAUGUUGUAAUAGGAAGAUAAAGUUUAUUUCAUUGUGGUAUGUGUGCUUAUUGUAAGACAUGCUGUCCUCUUCAUCUCAAAGGAAGGGAAAUGAAACCAAAACAAUAAACCAGAUAACAGAA